AGCAAACGCUAGAGUGUAGACGGACUGAGGGAGAGCCCUCCUCGUCUCCUCCGCCCCUCCUCCAGGUUUGCGUGAGAUCGGCGAGCGAAUCACGCACACAGCUGUAGGAUGGAGUGGGGAUUUGCUGUCUCUCCCUCUUGAUUGCAGUUUAAUCCUUUCCAUUUCAUCCGUCCGUUCCUCGUCCACCCGAGUCCGUUGACCGUUGAAGUACAGGUGUGUCUCUCUUGGUUCUUGUAUUGCUCUUGUCCCUUCUCUUCCAGUCCUCCGUCAGAAUUCACUCAUCUCUCUUCCCGUGGUUCGAAUGUGGUUGACCCCCUGCCGAUUGGCCUUGUUCUACCGCUUCAAGCCACCUUCCAUUUCGUCUAGGCACUUGUUUCCAAUACUAGUUCUUGGUAGGGAGAAAAGACUAAUCACUUUUUUAAGUGGGACAGGGAGCAACCGCCAUCAUCCCUGUUCGUCAUCUCUCCCACCAUCAACACCAACAUGGGCAGCAACACGGAAAGGGCCAGGAAGGCGUUGGGCGCCAUGAAGCUGAUCGGUUUCUCUAAGAAGCAGGCCAUCCCAGUACUCAAGGAACUCCUCAAAAUCUUCAACAACAACUGGGAGCCCAUUGAGGAUGAGAGCUACCGUGCCCUCGCAGAUGCCAUCCUCGAUAGGCAAGACAGCAAGCAAACCCCUCCCUCCCAACAGGGCACCCAAGCAGCCCAUGCGGACUUGGAGCCUCUUAGAUCAACAAGGGACGAUCGGCAACAAUAUCUUUCUGCUAGCCUUGAUGACACAUGUGAAGAUGAUAAUGAAACACCCCUGGUCAAGAGGCCCAGGAUGGGCACCGCUAAUUUCAGACCAGAGCUGCAGCCACCACAGCAAUCCAGUGUUUCAACCCAAGGUGCUCUGCCUGCUUCACCACAAACGAGUCGUCGGCAAACUCGGUCCUUGACUGUAGAGCCACACGCUGCUGGCCAUGAAUAUCCUUUAGCUGUCAACGAUGCUCUAGUUGUGAAAGAACCCAAACCAGAACCACAAAUUGAUAGAGCAGAAGAUUUUGUGGCUGGUCCUAAUGCCACACAACUCAAUGAUGGAUCUUCAGAACAAACUUCGGGUUUUGGUGCAAGAGGCAACAUAGUUCACCAAGCUCAAAGUCUUGGCAGGAGCCUGCAAGCAGCCGCAGUGUGCAAGAAUGGGGUAGGGUCUACAGUUCAAAAUACUCAUGAGACUUCGAUUGUGGAGGUGGACGUUGCUUCCUCAGCCAAUGGUGAGGUGAAGAUGUCAUUGAAAUGCAGCUUGGGUUCUUCAAAUUUCAGCAUUAGUAUGGAGGAGGUUUUCAAAAUGGUGGAGGAGAAGUGCCUUCACUCAUACAAGAUGCUACCUUCAGAUCUUUCUAUUGGCAAGCUGCUGAGUGAGGUAUGCCAAUCUGUUGUGCAGUUGGGCACUAUGCAUUCUGAGGUUAAUAGGGACAGUGGCAGCUUGCAUAAUGAAGUAGUUGUUCCAUUUGUGAAGCCAAUCUCUUGUGAGGCUGCUGUGGGCAUAAGUGAUGAUGUGGCUGGUGGGUCAUCAGUCCUUGAAUCCUCAGAACCUUGUUUGCAGAAUUCACUUGUUGCUUGGAAUCCUGAGUUGGCUCACUGUAAUCAAAAGACAACCCAUGAUACUACUGAUAUAUCCAAAGGCGAAGAGCGGGUAAGAAUACCUGUAGUAAAUGAAUUUGGCAGCGAGACCUGUCCUCCAUCCUUUUAUUACAUACCAAGAAAUCUUGUCUUCCAAAACGCUUAUGUUAACAUCUCGAUUUCUCGAAUUUGUGAUGAAGAUUGUUGUGCUGAUUGUUCUGGCAACUGUUUAUCAGCGCCAGUUCCAUGUUCUUGUGCAAGAAUAACAGGGGGCGAGUUCUCCUAUACACUUGAGGGCCUGCUUAAGACAGCAUUCCUUGAUGAAUGUACCUCAGUGAAUCAUUUCCUACAAGAGCACCAUAGGUUCUACUGUCCAGUUUGCCCUCUUGAAAGAUCUAAGAACGAAGGCUCACCUGGUCCAUGUAAAGGUCAUAUUGUCAGAAAAUUCAUUAAAGAAUGCUGGAGUAAAUGUGGAUGUGGCAUGCAGUGUGGAAACCGUGUGAUUCAGCGUGGUAUAACAUGCAAAUUACAGGUGUUCUUUACACGUGAGGGUAAAGGCUGGGGAGUACGCACAGUGGAAGAUCUCCCAAGAGGUGCCUUUGUCUGUGAAUAUGUUGGAGAGAUACUAACAAGUGCUGAAUUGCAUGAAAGAGCAAUUGAGAAUGCAAGAAAUGGUAAGCAUAUGCAUCAAGUGCUCCUGGACGCUGGUUGGGGUUCAGGUGUAGUAUUGAGGGAUGAGGACGCUUGUAGCCUUGAUGGUUCAUUUUAUGGGAAUGUCGGGCGGUUUAUCAACCACCGAUGCUACAAUGCAAAUUUAGUUCAGAUCCCUGUAGAAGUUGAGACGCCCGAUCAUCAUUAUCACCAUCUGGCAUUUUUCACGAACAAGAAAGUGGAGGCAUUUGAAGAGUUAACUUGGGAUUAUGGCAUCGAUUUUGAUGACAUGGAAGGGCCCAGUAAACCGUUCAGAUGCAUGUGUGGAAGUAGAUACUGCCGCGAUCCGAACAAUCCAAGGAGGAUGGGUAGAGCAGCUGCUAAGCGAAAGUAGGCAGGGAGCGCGGACUUGGUUGGAGUUGAGCACACCAACUUUUGCUGUGGGGGGGUCUGGUUUCGUGUUUGAUGUGGAGUAAUGCAGUACCAUCACCUCAGCUAGUAUUAAGUGUAGAUAGGUGUGGAUGAUUUUGGUGAAUGGUGUUAUGGACGGAAAUGCUGCAGGCUGAGCGACCUAGUAACCUAUGCCAUGUAGUGGCAUCUAAAUUAGCCUGGGAUUGUGUAUGCGUAAAAAGAACGCCUAAGACUUAACCAUGUUAUUAUGUCAGCUUGGUACAUGGUGAUAAAAAGAAUCUGACCAUUUCAUGUCAGCCACAA